UCUCAAUAGACUGACUAGCUUUCCCGUUUUCGCUUAUGGAAAUUACGUGAUGACCUAACUGAAUCAACACUUUCCUGUACCGCAUAAAUCUGUUGGGUUUUCUUUAUGUUUACAAAGUAAGAAAAAUAGUGAAACAUAACGCCGAAUGGUAUUCCUGAUAAACAACUACUCUAUGCUGCGUUAUUUUGGUGACAGCAAAUCUGUUCGUAUGCAAGGCUUCAAUUUUACGCUUUGCACAGAGCGAUUUUAAUAACUGCUUUGAGCAAACAGAUAUCCAAUCUGUUUCACGAAGAGACAUGGUUACCAACUAUGCAUCGAUGAUGUACAAUAGCGGUUCCAAUAUCCUUGGGUACGGAGUUUUGAGACUGUUACAGUACAAUGAACAAUUGUCCUGCGGUUGGGAAAACACCAUGAAGGAAGACAUUGGGUACUGGAGAAGAUUCGUGCAUAAUUUCUUUACUGAGAAGGGAACCUUCCGGUUUAAUUUUGAGACAAAUCAACAAAGGACUCGUGAGCCAAAACAGUUUGAGUUGUCUUAUGCAGCUUUGCCCAGAUAUUUUUAUUUAAACUAUAUGGGGAAUAUGAGACGAAUGUCAAUUGUUUUAGGUGAUACAAAAGAAUUUGCAAUUCCUAAUAAUGGAUAUUUUGUUGAAUCCUCACAUGCAAGCCUUGUUUAUCAGUUUGCAAGCGGUAUUCAAGUGGUCCUGUAUGGUUGUUUGCGAGCUCACUUCUAUCGUGCACCUCUUUUGAAGCUAGACUCACUUGAAUUUUCCGCAACCAAUUAUUCUGAGUAUCUUCUUCGUGAACUAAUAAACAGUGCUUCUCUUGCUCAGCAAUAUCAACGCGAGCAUCCUCCGAAUCGGGAAAACACAUCGUCUUUCCCUUCUCAAGGUAACGAACCAGCCUCGUUUUAUCCUCCAUAUAACUUCGCUGCCAAUUCACAGCUCCCCUCCACGCCAGUUAAUGAGUAUGGGAUUGAACCUCGGAUAAUGCGCUUUUUGGAGAUUUCUGAAACUAUUUCUGGGAUGCGAGAUUUAAUAGCAUUUACUCUGGCUCAACGUUCAGGUCCGGCAAGUGCUCUUCAAAAAUUUUCUACAGCUUUACAGCAACAGCAGCAAAUGCAGAAAUCAACGGCCGCGAAGGUUUCCUUUAUAAAUAAUCCCUCUUCAAAUCAUCAAUACUCUAAUGUCACUGAAAAUUCUCUUCCCAUUCCUCCUUCUGCAGCAACAACAACAGCAGCAGCAACAGGACCUCCCGAGUACCGCGUUCCUAAUUACCCAGCUCAUUAUAAUUAUCAUCAAUAUCAACGUCCUAUGAGUACAGACCUUGAUCCGUCUCAAUUCACUAACCAUUUUCCGCAUCCUAACUCUCAAUCUCCUGCUCCGUUGAUGAAUCCUACCUAUUCAGUACCUCCUCAAAAAAGAUCCGCUACACUAUCUCCGCUUGGGGAAGCCGGAAAGCAGGAUGUUAAUCAAUCUUUUUACCCUAACGAGUCUUUGGGGCCUCAAAAACGAGCCAAAGUUUGAUUGUUACUUGUAAAAACAACUUGAUCCUAAAACAAUCGUUGUCUUUAUUACUCAUUUUUGCUAUAAUUAGCUAUGUUUCCUUAUUCAUUCUAUUAAUUUAUUCUCGCAUAUUUGCUUAAAGGUUUUACUUAAUUUCAUGUUAAGUUAUUAUGGUCUCCGUUUUGACGCUUGAUACUGUCUCCUUGUCCCUUCGUUUACUUUAUUUGUUUCUAUAUACUCGUCCAGAUGUCUAUUUAUGGAGUUAUUUUAUUACAAAAGAAUAUAAAUAAUUAGAGAUUGAAAGAAAUUUGAAUUGUCU